UUGACAGGGGCAAAAAAAUCGCAUCGAGAUAUUGUCGAUCCGAGAAAUUCCUCCUGAAAGCCCCUCCUCGACCGCAGACACAACCCGCGAUAUCGAUCCAGGCUCGGCAAACAGCAGCGUCUGCCAGAGCUGCCGCAGGAAACCAGUGCGCCAUGAGGCUUUGCUAGGCCGGCGCUGUCUGGGCUGGAUGGGACUUGGGAAUUUGCGGCUGCCCGCGCCGUUGUCACAGCGUCGCCGCCACCACCACGCUGUCUCGAAUACCAGGCAGCCGCGCAGCGCCGCGGCUGUUUGCGCGCCUAGACCCCAGACUCCUGCGAUGGAGCAGCAAUGACGCUGCGGUCGACCGGGCGGCCUCCCACCCCCAGCAUGCCUUCCCGAGUCGACCGUUCCUCACCGGCGAGAGCCUCCUCCCCCCUCUGCCGAGCUUCCACCUCCCCUUUAGCGUCCCGUCGCUGCUCAUGCCGACUCCCACCUCGGGGGCUCAAAACAUGCGCCACCUCUCCCUCAUAAAACCGACCAACCCGCCCAUAUCGCGGGGAUCCGACCCCUCCCGCCCCGCCACCUGGGAGGACUCCCUCAUCCGCGCCGUCCAAGUGGCCGCCGGGCCGGAGGUGCCCCCGAACUACGAUUUCCCGUUUGGGAUCCCCGAACUUUUGAUCCAAACCACCUACGACCCGCUUUGGGCGUACACCAACCGGCCACCCCCUGUUCCGUCCCCCGGCCCGGCCGAACACGAACGGGCCGACAAUGGUGAUGCGGGUGUGGCGCCGGGAAAUCUGGAAACAGAGCCUUUUCACGCACAAGAGCAGGCACCGACACCGUUGAAGCAGUUCAAGGACCUGAGUCCGGCUGAGAGUCUCAAGAAUCUAAAAGAUCCCAUCCAUGUUCUGUGCACAAACGUUCGAGCGAGCUACAUCGCCUUCGCCCUAUCCCACGUGAGCAACCGGGCGCCGCCAGGCCUGAUCCUCCCUCAUACGCAGAGAAAGAAGUAUCUGGAGGAGGGCCGAAGGAUUAGUGUGCUCCGGCACGACCUCUGGAACGAAUCACAUGCUCUACGGCCGGAGCCUUACCAGUCAGUGGUAUACGAGGGUGCCGAUAACCACAUCAAGCAUCUGGUGCUUACUGCACAGGCCUGCAAGACGGGCCGCUGGCUCGCAACCCUCAUGCCACGCAUAGACAGCCGUACAGUGAUAUGUCUGAUCCAGGACGGCCUAGGCGUGCCCGAGCACCUCAACGCGACCAUAUUCCGGGAUCCCAGAACACGGCCGAGAUACGUGCUGGGCCACAUGACCCACCUGCUCCGUCACAUCAGGAAGCCGCGGGACAGCCGGGACCAUUUCCGAUUCGCGCUGGGCGAGGAGGAGGAAUCGGGCGCCCUGCACCUGGCCUCCUACAUUCCACGCGAACCGGAUCAGGACUUCUUCAGCGAGGCGUCCUCGGCUGCCAGGUGGCACGGCGGCGGCGGCGAGGGCCACGGGCGGGCGCCGGCCGAAAGCUUCGUCUACGCCAUGUGGCGGGCGCCGCGGCUCAACGUGAUGAACCACUCGCUCGGCGAGUUCCUGGCGCGCAAGCUGCCAACCAUGGUGUUCCAGUCCGUAGUCGAACCAGUAUCGGCGCUGCUCGACUGCGACUACGGCGAGCUCUACCGGAGCCGCGUGGGGCUCAACAAGGUGGAGCAGCUCCUGCACGAGGCGUCGCAGGUGAUGCUGUCGCUGCCCGAGCUCUCGCACCAGCACCGCUUCCUCGACUACGUGGGCUCGCACCGCCUCCGUGGCGACGUGCUGGGCCAGCUGCGCAGCGCCGGAGCCGCCGCGACCGAGAGCGAGAUGCGCUGGCUGAUCCGAAACGCGCGACCGACCAACCUCGACUUCCUGAGCGGCUGGUUCUCGGACCGGGCUAGGGAGGUCGGCGUCGACGUGCCGCACCUCGAGAUGACGAUCGAGCUGGUCAAAGGCAAGACAAAGGUCCAGCGGAAGCGGGCCGGCGACCUGAUUGCGUUCCAGGGCCUGCCCCGGGCGAAACUCAACUACUACUAGGCACCACCGGGGUCUUGAAAUUUACAAUCAAAAGCAUUGGCGUCUCUUUUCUCACGGUUGGCGGUGUGUCGUUUUUCCUUUGGCGCUACCAGGGGGGACAGGAACGGGUCACGAGGGGUUUAAUCAUGAUCAUUUUCGGUCCUUAUCAUGGAACGCCCUGCCUUGCAGGCUGGGCGGCAAGUUGAGUAUAAAAUCGGGACUAUGUACAAAGCAGCUGCAUAUCAUAGGCGCGACAGCAAUAGAGUGUGGUUUGUAUUCCGUGUAUGCAUGCAAUCUUUUCGGCGCUGGGCCAAAACCUCAUCAUGCUCCACUACAUUGGAGCUGCUGCGCAUGGAAGACAGACAGGCAAAUUUCUACGGUCCCCAGUGCAGUUUAAAGAAUGGACUCGUCCGCCUGGUUUAGAGCCACCUGCCUACCCGGUCUUAGUAUGGAAGCCAAGCUUCACUCUACAUGGCUCUCCUGUUCACAUCCCAAGCUCAUACGCACAGUUGGAAAUCUCACCUUGACUUUAGCAUAUGCCAGCCCACCCCCCAGACUUGUGAGCUCUGUUC